AUAAAAUUAAAUGUUUUAUUAAAAAAUGUGUAAAGGGUUUAAUUAGUAAUUUAUCAUCUGGCACCAAAGUCAAAUUUUUUUAAACUAGAAUUUUGUUAAAAUGUCUAAAGAUAGGAUCGAUAUAUUUCCAUCCAGAAUGGCCUUGGCCCUGAUGAAGGCGAGGUUAUCUGCUGGACAAAAGGGUUAUAAUUUACUUAAGAAGAAAUCUGAUGCCUUGACUAUGCGAUUCCGUCAAAUUUUAAAAAAGAUAGUAGAAAAUAAAACUGAGAUGGGAGAAGUGAUGAAAAACGCCGCGUUUUCCCUGAUCGAGGCGCGAUUCAUUAGCGGAGAUUUCAAUAACGUCGUUUUGCAGAAGCUUUCCUCUAAGGCCCACAUAAAAGUUUUUCAGAAAAAGGAUAACGUGGCAGGUGUCCAAUUGCCGAUAUUCGAAGCGAUAUCAGAAGGAGGCGACUCUUACGAAUUAGCGGGUUUAGCUAGGGGUGGUCAACAAAUGUCUAAGCUCAAAAAAGUGUAUUCCCAUUGCGUGAAGCUUUUAAUCGACGUCGCAAGCCUGCAAACUUCCUUUAUAGCCUUGGAUAACAGCAUCAAACUCACUAAUCGUAGGGUCAAUGCAUUGCAAUAUGUUGUCAUCCCCAAAGUAGAAACCACAUUGCAUUACAUAGUCACAGAAUUGGACGAGAUGGAAAGGGAAGAAUUCUAUAGACUCAAAAAAAUUCAAGCUACCAAGAAAAGGCAAGCGAUCCAAAAGGAGAAAGAACGAAUUAUAGUGGAAGAGAAGCUGACAUUGCAACAGGAAAGGAUGGAGGAGUAUGGAAAGGGGCAGGGAAAGACCUACGCUAAAUCACCGACUAAAAAGGGUGCUAAAGAUGAACCCAAAAGUAUACUGGACGAUUCUGCCGACAACGAUGUUCUAUUUUAAAAAAAACAAAGCUAGCCGAUUUUUAAAGUUUUUUUAGGCGCUCGAUUUAUUUUAGUUCUUGUUUUAUAAUUUGCGUUCACGAUAACAAGCACAUAUUUGUUAAAUUGGGGGAAAAAAAUAGAUUUGUUUGGGAUAAUUAAGUACAAGUUCCUCAAUUUAUUUUUGUUUUUAUGUAAAGAUCUGAAUUUCAUGUUUUCCUCAUUUUAUUUUGUAUUUAAAAAUUCUUUUCCUUAUUUGUAAAAUGUUUUCCGUCACUCGAAAAUUGUAUACAAACAUUUUGUUUAAUCCUAUUAUUACCAUUGUAUUACUUUUUUUUUAAAAUGCUUUUAAUUCGUUCCUUACUGCUUUAUUCCUAAAUCUUGAUUUACUCGAGUUAACCCUGGCUAUAAAUAUUAUAUUUGUAUAUAUAUAUAAUUUGAUGACAAGGACCAUUUAAAUACUAUAAA